AAGCAUAUACACUCUAGGUAUAAAAACAGCAUUGCAAACAAUAAAAAAUUGUGAAGAAUUAGGUGGCAUAGGUUAGAUUUUUUUAGCAAAUUCAGCACACAAUGCUCACAGAUUAGACCNUCCUUAAUCUUAAAAGAAGGUCGUUGUCAGGGGAGCAGGAUACCAAUUGAGGUCGGCAGUUGACCUCCUAUUGACGGUGUUGUGAGAUAUCCACCUGAUUUCAAUACCCAUGAUUUGUAUUCCCAAAUCAAAUUGCCAUCGCUGGAUUGCAUGAGCCUCUCGUUGAGACCUUCAUCGACAAACGACUGGUGUCGAGAUAGGGUGUGUCGAGUAUUAUCUAAGAGAUGGAAGAGAUGCAGAGAUGCUGGGCGGAGAAGAUGGAAUUCAUACGGAAACAGCAAUUAGGGUAAGAUUCGAGAGGAGGAAGAAUAACAAACAAGAAGACGGGGAUGGGCGCAUUCUCACAUUUAUUCAGAGCUCUUCAUACCAAUCCUUCAAACUAUUCUAAACUUGCUGUUCUCUUCUCCGUCAGUGGAGGUCUGAUUGCAUAUGCAGACUCCAAUCCAAAGAGUGAGACAAAGGCGGUGGAACAUAUUGAGUCAGUCGAACCAAAGAAGAAAAAAGUGUUGGUGUUAGGGACAGGAUGGGGUGGCACUAGUUUCCUAAAGGAUUUGGACAUUUCAUCCUAUGAUGUUCAAGUGGUCUCGCCUCGAAACUACUUUGCCUUUACUCCAUUGUUACCUAGUGUCACAUGUGGUACCGUUGAGGCAAGAAGCAUAGUUGAACCAAUACGCAACAUAAUAAAGAAGAGAAAGGGAGAAAUUAAAUUUUGGGAAGCAGAGUGCUUGAAGAUUGAUGCAAAGGGAAAGAGAGUGCAUUGUCGUUCUCUCAUUGAUGAAAAUUUAGUUGGGAAGAAUGAUUUCUCAUUAGAUUAUGACUAUCUGGUUGUAGCCGUUGGAGCAAGAGUCAACACUUUUAACACCCCCGGCGUUCUGGAGAACUGCCAUUUUCUGAAGGAAGUAGAAGAUGCUCAAAGUAUUCGUCGAGCUGUGAUUGAUUGCUUUGAAAAGGCAGUGCUUCCAGAGUUGAGUGAAGAGGAGAGGAGAACCAACCUCCAUUUUGUCAUAGUAGGGGGCGGUCCAACUGGGAUAGAAUUCGCUGCAGAGUUACAUGACUUUGUUCACGAAGAUUUAGUGAAAAUAUACCCAUCUGUGAAAGAUCUUGUGAGAAUCACCAUUAUCCAAUCCGGAGACCAUAUUCUGAACACGUUUGAUGAAAGAAUCAGUUCCUUUGCUGAGCAGAAGUUUCAAAGAGAUGGAAUUGAGGUUUUGACAGGAUGCCGAGUGGUUAGUGUUACUGAUAAACUCAUUAACAUGAAAUUAAAAGCUACCGGAGAAAAUGUUCCGGUGCCACAUGGAAUGAUUGUGUGGUCAACUGGUGUUGGUACUCGCCCGGUUGUUGCAGAUUUCAUGGAACAAAUUGGUCAGACCAACCGGCGUGCACUUGCAACUGAUGAGUGGUUAAGAGUCAAAGGCUGUGAGAGUGUGUAUGCUCUCGGUGAUUGUGCCACUGUAGAUCAACGCAAAAUAAUGGAAGACAUUACGACCAUUUUCAAAGCAGCAGACAAAGACAAUUCGGGCACCUUAACGAACAAAGAAUUUGAAGACGUUAUUGAAGAUAUCAUCAUUAGGUACCCUCAAGUUGAACUGUAUGUGAAGAACAAACACCUGCUUGAAGUAGUGGACUUGCUACAAGACGAUGAAGGGAACAAACAAGGCGAGAUAGAUAUUGAGGGGUUCAAGUUAGCCCUCUCUCACGUCGAUUCACAGAUGAAGAGUCUUCCUGCAACUGCUCAGGUGGCUGCACAACAAGGUGCAUACCUAUCGAGGUGCUUUAACCGUUGGGAACACUGUAAAAACAACCCAGAAGGCCCUCGCCGUUUCAGAAGUUCUGGGCGCCAUGAGUUUCUCCCUUUCAGGUAUAGGCAUUUUGGUCAAUUUGCCCCCUUGGGCGGGGAGCAAGCAGCAGCAGAGCUUCCUGGGGACUGGGUUUCCAUGGGCCGCAGCACGCAGUGGCUCUGGUACUCUGUGUACGCGAGCAAACAGGUGAGCUGGCGCACGCGUGUCCUCGUUGUUGCUGACUGGACACGGAGAUUCGUCUUUGGGCGGGAUUCUAGCCGCAUUUGAUGCUGCCAAUCCAAGUCACCUUAUAUCAGCUUUUAUUGUUGUUUUUUUUACAACCUUAAAGUAGGCUGCUUCUUGUGACAGAAAGCAAAUGUUUGAGUUGAAGAAUGGAGACUAUAAGCAGAGUAGCUACACUUUUUCAAACUCAGCAUACAACUGUAAAGCCAAAGAAUAUAUAUUUUGACCAUUA